CGCAGGAAGUGGGAUCUGCUUCUGCCAGCUGCUCUGCGAUAUUGAUCGCUGCUUCCGAAAUAGCUUGUGACGUCAUGUGAUCAAGAUGGCGCCGUUUAUUGACUUCAAUUAAUUGGCGGUCGCUCAACAACUUCUAGAUCCCAAAAUGUUCUGCUGAAACCGUUCAACAAAAUUUUGUUAUAUAGGCAAUCAAGAUGGCAGAGCUCAGUAACAUGGCAGGUGUAGGCAGUACGGAGGGAUUGUUUACUCAGACUCUGACUGCUCCUUCACCAGAAUUUCUCUUAGUCGAUGAAGAGUCCUCUUCCACUUACCCCCUUCUGACACCUUCACCUCCAGCAGAGUUCGACCACCCUUUAGCUCUCGACACUCCUCCUGUGCUGGCCUACGAGAGGCAGUUGUCACCCUCCAGUAUAGACACGGACCUGAGCUCCAUCCCCACUCUGAGUAGUGUGGCCCCGGCAGUCGACUAUGGGACUCUGGCUAACUGUCUGCCCCCGCCACCUGUCAGCCAACCCGACACAGGAAAAGUGCUGGAACCUCACAGCGGCAUGGGGUCAUCGUCCUCCAGUAGUUCUGUGCUACAAGACACUGCAGCUUCUGCUCAGCUGCUCAACCCUCAUCACUACCUCAACUUGGCCAACGAUGUCACUUGUCAGGAAAAUGGAGGGAUCAAGCCAGGAUUGUGUGGGAUCACUCUGGGUGUCAGGAAGAACCCCAAAGAUUUUUGCUUCCUUGCUUGGAACUGGCCACUUAUCCGGAAAUGCUGCUUCUGGGGAAUGAUGUCUCUGACUGUAGCUUGUGUCUGUGUCAUCAUCGGUUACAUAACGACACUGCCUACUCGCUGUGACCCACCGAGAUCUUGGUACCAAGGCUCUCUCAUCUACGAGAUAUUCCCUGCCUCCUUCCAUGACACCGAUGACGAUGGUCAAGGAGAUUUGAGAGGUAUCAGUGCCAAAGUACACUAUCUAGAGUCAAUGGGCGUCCGAGGAGUGAGGCUUAAUUCAAUAUUUCCGUCUGAAAACUAUCCAGAGCACUACUACAAUGUUGAGAACUUAACACAAAUAGAGCCCGUCCUAGGUAGUUUUGCAGAUUUCAGGUUUCUCGUGAACACACUCCAUGAACUGAACAUUUCACUUAUCCUUGAUCUACCUUUGGGUUCAUUUUUUAAACACCAGGAGGAAAAUGCGAAACAGACCAAUUCAGUGGGACACGCACACCACGUAAUAAUAAACAAUCAUAUACUUAACAGCAAUGUGAAUAAGACCGUGUACUUGACCCCGGAUCUUCACGGUGCCAUUUCUGAAGUCCUAGACUUCUGGUUGAGCCAUGGUGUCGAUGGAUUUUAUUUGAAAGACUUAGAGAACCUUGUCGGUGACGAGAAAUUUCAACAACACAUCAGACAGUGGAAGGGAGUCUUGAAAAGGCAUAAGCAAGGAUUUGAUAAGAUACUGAUCUGUUCUGAAAAAGUAAUCAAAAUCUUGGAAAAUGACCAGAUCUUGAGUACAAAAUUAGCGACGGUACUGACACACUUUGAUCUUGUCGACACACAUAUCGAGAUGUCUAGGGACGUGAAGAGCCAGAUAGAUGCCGUGCAAGGAGGAGUGAUGUUCAGUCGCCCUGGAUACCCUUGGCCACUGUGGACCCUCGGAAGCAUGGAUACCACACGACUAGCAUCUCGCUUGCCUUCUGCCAACGCUUCCUUGGCUGCAAUCCUCGUGGGGAUGAUGCUACCAGGUACUCCGUCUGUCUUCUACGGUGAUGAGAUAGGACUGGACAACCUACACGACACUGACAAACAAGAUUUUCGGGACAUCAGUCAUGCACAUCACCUGGGUAUGAUGCACUGGCGUAUGAAUGCUCAGCGCACACUACACUGGCUGCCUCGUGUUCAGGCACAUAUGCCACUAGACUCUGCUCGAUGGAUCUCUGAGACUGCAGUGCUCCGCGACAGUAGUCCCAGCAUCUACAUGCACGCGAUCUGGCGAGAGGGUAACCUCGUGCCUAAUUGUGCAGUUAAGUACAUUGACAAGACGUUGAUAGUCCUAGAACGUCUGUACCCUCGCAGACAUUCAUACGUGAUCGUUGCUAAUCUGGGCAGUGAAACAGAGACACGGGAUUUGUCAAAGGUCUUCUAUGGUGGCCAUGUUGUCUUAUCUACGGGCGACCACGCCGGCAAGUACCUCACCUUCCACAAACUGACGAUGUUCCCUGGCGAGGCCAUGAUCGUCAAACUGGACAAGUAGAACAUCGGUUUGGCACACCUGCAAGUGGCAACAUGUUAGCACUAUACUUCAACAGACUGAUACUGGAAGUUGUAAUACAGUUUUGUAUGAUUUAAAAAAAUAUCAGUAAGUACACAGAUCAUAUUUGAAUACCAAAACCUAAACAUUGUUUAUUAAUUUUCUAAUUGUUCACAAAAACAACAACGAUGCUUAUAUAUUAUACUAUCCAAAUACUGCCAUUAACUUUACAUUGAUGGAAUAGUAUACAUGCACAUGAGGAACAGUAUACAUAAUAUGAGUAAUAAUUAUCACAUAAUACUGUAUUAUAUUUAUGAUAAUCUAUUACAACUUUCAUCUGAAAAAAUAUAUGAGAAGUAAAAUAUUAUUGAGUAGUGAAACACUCAUUAGCGCAGAUGAUCAUGGUACUGACUGAAAACAUCUGCCUUUUUGUAGUUUUUACUGUUUUGAUGAAACAAUAAUCGAUUUAAAAUAAUAAUUUUUAACCCCUUCACGGUUUUUUAUGUAAUACUAGCUGUUUCCCAUGGCUUCACAUACUUUUUGUAAGCUUUGCCCAUGUUUGAGCACUUCUGAUUCAAGUGGAUUAAAUUUCCAACACAGACGUAAAGUUUGCCUUGUUGUCACAAUCAAGAAAAUCUGUCAAAAAUGUAUGUUUAUAGCCAUUGCACAUAUAUUUUAUCGUAAAGUGGUCUAAUACUCAAGCAAUAAGUUCAAUCAGAAAUCUAUUUUAAAAACAAAUUUACAUCAUACUUAGCGCCUUCAAAUAGUGUUUAGCUAUUUAAUACACAUAACUGUCUUGCAAUUGCAGUUUAUAAUGUGCAGGCGCUUUGAAAACUUUUAUAUUUUGCAGCACCACCUGAUGGUGAGUUACAUCAGUGGAAAUAGCAUAUAAACCUUCUCCGUGGAAAAGCACAUAUACAUACAAAUGUUCAUAAUGACUGGUCAAAUAGUUUCUGAGUCUAUCAAUGUCAUAUAUACAAAACAUCCUCUUUUAUAUAUAUAUAU